AUGCAAUCUUGCAUUCAAGAACAAUAUUGGAUCAUAAGUGGUAGAGCUGUUAUUAGAGAUUUAGUUAGAAAAUGUAUAAAGCUUUGCAAAAUUAGAGUACCUUUCACUAAUCAAUCGAUGAGCGAUUUGCCAUCUAGUCGCGUUUCCCCUUGUCCUGCUUUUUUGAGCUGUGGAGUGGAUUACGCAGGUCCUUUUCAAAUUAAAGGAAAUAAGGGUCGAGGUUCUAGGUCAUUCAAGGGAUAUAUAGCUCUAUUUGUUUGUUUUACGACAAGCACUAUUCACUUAGAAUUGGUGACUGAUCUUUCAACAGAUGCUUUUAUUGCAGCUCUUAAGAGGUUCAUUUCCUGCAGAGGCAAAAGCAAUGAUAUAUGUAGUGAUUGCGGUUCCAAUUUUGUUGGAGCAAAACGCAAACUCAUGGAAUUUGAAAGGCUUGCUAGAUCUGCAACUUAUAACCAAAACGUUAGCAGAUAUUUGUUUGAUAAUGGCAUUACAUGGCAUUUAAACAUUCCAGGUGUGCCACAUAUGGGUGGACUCUGGGAUAAAAUCAACAAAAUACCAUUUAAAACGAGUAGUUGGCGAGGCGAGACUGACAUAUGA